UUAGAAUAAAAAGGAAGAACAGCAGUUCUGCAGUCAGCAAACAGAGGAAAUUCAAGUUUAUUUCUAUCUUUAAGAAGCACGAUGAGUGAGUGCAGAACUUCUACACCUGAACCAGAGAUCCCCGUCACCAUUGCCAUGUCUUCAGGACUCCUCUUCAAGCAAGAACAGCAGGGCUAUGGCCCUGCCUUCAAAUUUGUUAAGGCUCUGAAGGCAGUCAAUGCUGAACUCACAAACCAUUACCCUGACAGUGAGGAGCUCUUUAAAGUCAAACUCAUCAAUGACAGCUCAUCAUCAGACUUUCUCAUGAAUCGGAUCCGUGAACAUGGGCUGGAAGAAGCAAAAGAAAGCAAAGGCCUGCGCGAGAAGUGUCCCAUUCGUACCUACCUGGUGACAUCUCGAGGGGCAGACUGUGGCGGCUACCGAGCUUUAAACACUCUGCGCACCUGGGGUCUGGAGCUUGAUGAAGCUGUGCUUCUGGGAGGGGCUAACAAAGGUCCUACACUGCAGAGGAUCAAGCCUCACAUCUUCUUUGAUGACCAGCAGAGACAUGUUGAUGCUGCAUUGGAGGUCGGCACAGUGGCAUGUCUGGUGCUCUCACCAAACUAACAAUAAAUAGCAAUCCACUGAUUGGAUUUUAUAACUGCUGGAAAUAUGUGAACUUGAAAAGUAUGUUUCCAUAAUGCUUCAUAAAUGCAAAUAAAUUAACAAACAAA